UAAUCAAAUGAUGCGCCCUGGUCUCGGAGUCGGAGUAUUUAUUAGAAAUGGAGAUUCUGUAUUGAUGAGCUAUCGUAAAGUAAUGAGAAACCUUUAGUUAUAAGGAUAAUGGAUAUCUGGCAUUACCGGGGGGUCAUCUUGAAUUAUACGAAGAAUUUGAAGAUUGUGCGAUUAGGGAAGUAAAAGAAGAGACAAAUUUAGAUAUUGAGAAUCCCCAAAUAUUUUAAAUGGUGAAUGUUGUGAAAAAGGAAAUACAACAUCAUUUUGUAGUCGUAUUCUUAACUGCAGAUUAUAAUGAAAAAAGUGAAUUAAUGAAUGUUGAACCUAAUAAACAUAGUGAUUGGAAAUGGAUUAAUGCUUAGGUUUUUUAAUAACAUUACGAUGAAAAGCAACUAUUUUAUGGUCUCAUGAAAUUAAUUGAUCGAUUUGGUAAAGCAGAGAAUUUGUUUAAUUUAAUAUUUAAUAAAUGAUAAU